AUGUUUGACAAGAGCAUUGCACAACGGUUAUCCUGGGCAGCUGGCCGUAAAGCCAAGAGGACUGAAGACCGAGCAUACAGCUUGCUUGGCAUACUUGGUGUUAAUAUGGCAAUGCAAUAUGGCGAGGGUUCUGGCGCAUUCACGCGUUUGCAAGAGGCUAUUUUGCAAGACAACAACGACCAAACGUUGUUCGCCUGGAGUUGUGUACCCAAGACUAUUUCAGAGAUCUACGAUCAGAUUGAAAAGGAUGAGAGUGCCGACUCGAGCGCUCUGCUGGGACCUGCACCUGGACAUUUCAAGAACAGCGAGAACCAGCGGUCCCAGUCGGGCUCCUUCCAUGCUCCUAUUCCGAUCGACCUUACCAUCUCUUAG